AAUUCUUCCAGUCCAGCUGACAAUCAAAACGCACUCGCGGCAGGCAGCCACAUCACAUCCCACGCACGAAGAAGAGCGGCGGUGAGACACGUACGUACGUGUCGUGUAUUUGUGGCGCAUACCAACGUAUAGCCCAUAGCAUUCGGUAAAGGUUGCCGCCGGAGAUGGGGAUGGUGCAGGUGCAAGGUGUGGCGGCGUCGGGGAGGAUGCCGUCCAUGGAGGCGGAGCCCAAGACGCUCACCCUCGAGCAGCUCAAGUACGCAAGGGAGGCGGCGCUGUACGUGGUGAGCACAAGGACGACGGAGGAAGCCAUCAGGAUCUUCACGGAAGGGCUCAAGCCUGUGCGGGGCGUGCGGAAGAUGGGCUCCUCCACGACGGACUCGUCGGACGACGACGUCGAGCUAGGCUCGUCGGAGGAUUCGACGCCGCGCGCCGGCGGCGGCACGGGUUGCCGCCCACAAGGACGCUCCAUCAAGAGGGACAUUGCCACUGCACCUUUCUAGCUAGCUUGCGUGUUUUGUUUGGGAAAUUUGAUCUUUUCUACGCUACUUUUGUUUCCUGGCCUGGUAGUUUAGCUCUAGCUUCGGCUGGUUUAAAGCGCGACAAAUUUUGGGGUGCGUCCUGGCCCAGAGAGGGCUACAAGAGACGUGAAGCUGGCCCGCACGACUAGUAUGCCGUUGUUGCGUGUGUGUGUGCAUGUACAUAGCAGCAGACUGUACUUUAGUUCUUUGGCUUCAAAUUAAAUCUCCUCGUGCUCUUCCAUGCAUGUGGACUCUCACGGGGCAUCCAUUUUUUUUUCUUU